AGCAGCAGCACGAGGCCGCGUUUGAGCAGCGCUCCGAUCGAAGCCCCGCUCGCUCGCUCGCUCGGCGCCUCAUUCCUCCAACUGCUGCUUAAUUGCUUCUUUACCAGCACCAGCUCUAGCACUGGGCGUGGGUUUCCGUAGGCGCAAUCUGUGUUCACCUGAAUCUCUGAAACCAGAGAUCCCCCCCCCCCGCGCGGGAUGCCCCGUAUUCCUCUACGCGUGCUCUAGAGCUCCCGUGCCGCAGCGUCACACGCCUCGUGUUGGGAGAUCCUGUUGUGCGUUGGUUUGGCUCUUGGGGAAACUCCCUUCCUAAAUUUCGAAAUAAUGUGAUAUGGGUUGGAACUCGGUAACGAUCUCGUGUGACCAUGCUCCUGCUCGGCAUCCCCCGUGGGUCCAGAUUACUUGGAGCCUCUUUAUUUACUUUCUAAAACGGUGUCCAGUUCAGAAUAUCGUGGGACCUCUUUUGGAAUGUUGUGGUUUAUCGACAUUUACUUUCUAAUUAAUAUUUGCUUUCUAAUUAAUAUUUCUUUUAUAGAAAAGCGAGGGAGGAGGGGUGUUGUGGUGUUGUUUUUAGAGGAGCUCUCCGCUUACCGCUAAAGGAUAAGUUUUGUCGUAUUUCAUCUCAGGACACAUCUGGUGAAAUGCGACUCCUACACAUUCAUGACGGGGUUAUUGGUGAGGUGCAGUCUUGGUGGACUCAGGAUGCUGGUCAUAUGAUUGAUUCGCCUGCUUUUGUCGUCGUUUGGGAGUCUUUAAUUUUCCUUGUUGAGUCUUCAAACUUGCUGCAUCUUCUUCCCUUCGCGCGGGACUUUCCUUGACGGGAUUCGGGGUUCGUAGUUGAGGGGGAAGAAAGGGUAUGAAAUACUUCGGAAGUUUAGGCUUAAAUUAUAAUGCUGGAUGUUGCAUUGAAUUUGACCGGUUGUUAGAAGUUUGAUAAGUCUAUGUGAAUUUAGAAGAGGUAUCACUAGUGUCUCACACUUUGUUCAUCGAUCAAGAAGAGGGGUCCUCAAACUGUCUUGCGGUCGAGAGGUUUAUCAGGAAUCCGAUGCGCAGCUUUUGCUCGUACUCUUCAGGCAAUCGGCAGAUGCUGAGAUUUUCCUUAGAGCUUCUUGAUUGUUACACCGCAGGAACAGGCAGGAACAAUUGUGAACGUAAUCUGACAACCAUGCCAACUCCCUCCUCCAUGGGGUGCGAGCUUUCCGAGAAUGUGUAGAGUAUCAUGUUCGUAGUUGAUCGACCAGUAUAGGCUGUAUAGUCGUUGCCAUGGUGUAAUGCUGAAGGAGACUAGAACACAGGGGUGAACAGAAAUUCUAUUUUCUGAUCACACUUUUAGUUUUUUGAGGAUUGGCACCUCAGCAUGGCAUCCCUGGAGAGUUUAAUUCAUUUGCAAAGCUUGGGGCUAAGGGUCAUCGGCGAGCCCACAGCACCGAGGCCCAAUGGGAUUCAGCAGGGAUCUGUCCUUGUCGUCCUGGAUGCAAAUAAGGCCAUAUCUCCUGCUGCUAUUUACUGGGCGCUUGCGAAUGUGGUUCGAAGAGGCGACAGCGUAAAAAUUCUAGGAAUCAUCACUUACGUCGCGAACAACAUGGGGUUCAUGGUUCGCGUUGAUCAAUCGUCUAGAACUGCAUUGAAUGUCAUGGGGCUCCAGUUCGAGAUCGCCACCAAGAAGGAGCUCAUCUGGAGGACCUCGCACAUGAAAGAUUGGUGCCUGAGAUCAGGGGUGAAGUUGGACAUCGAUGUGAAAGUCGGAAACAAUCCUAAAGUGAUUGCUGUCGAUGAGGCCAAGUCUAUAGGCGCCCUCCAUGUCAUACUGGAGAAGCACAUGAAGAAGGACAGGAAAUACUUCAUCGACAACCUGAGCUGUUUCGUCUCCCGGCUUUCUAGCAGCGGAGAGGUAGAAACCAUUCGCUCCUUUGCAACGAGCAACAUGCUUCCACCCAUGGCACCUACUACACCAAAGGAAUCGACACAAGCUGGUCACCAAUCCAAAGCAUCCAUGGGCUCAAAUGUUUCUCACCGUCUCGCGUCGUCCAUGUCAUCCUCAUCGUUCGAACUCGGCGGAGAAUCGAGUGACGGAGAAUUUAGCUUCCACGAAAGUGAUCACCUAUCCUCACUUAGUACUUGUGACUCCAUGGAUCAGCCAAUACAAUUCCCCAUUCGAACGUCUCCGCCGAAGCAAUCCCCGAGCCUAUGCAACCUGCGCGGGCUAGUUCUUGGGUCUGGUGACAUUGGUUACGUUAACAAUCCCUUACGCAAACCAACUGUUCACAAAUGGCUGAACGAAGACAAUCGAAUCAACGUGUCUCAGCUACACCAUCAAGGGUCCCUCACCCCGAGGACUGAGUUUCUUUAUGACCAGCGGCCUCUUACGCCCAGAAUGUUUGCAGGUGGCCAACAAAUGCAUGAUCAUGUGGGAAACCAUGGUUGGAUGUUGAAUGUAGCCCCCGAAUUGAGGCAAAGCAAGAUGGGUAGGCACUCACUAACCACAACGUUGCGAACUCAAGCGUCCUUCAACAAUAGUUGGAAAAACUUCCGACCACACAAAAUGAGCGUGGACCUGCUUUGGCCCCUCAUGCAUUGGGCCGAGAGUCGCGGAUCUGCGGAAUCGCGGCCUCAGCAGUAUUUGAAUACAACUAUUUUGGCCUCAAUAUUGGCCUCAAACAACUCCAAGAACAACUCCCGAACCGCUGUGCGAAGGAGAGUUUCUGUUCAAUCAGGUCUCAACUACAGUGACAUGGUGGAAUCCGAUUAGCUGCUUAACUUCUCCAGUCUUUGUAGGUAAUUGUUUCGAUAAACAAGUUUACAUUCUGACACCGAAUGAAACAUGGUUUUUUCUUGGAAAGAAUUACUAAGAAUGAUUCUGCAUCGGUUAAAGCAAUUCUCGUUCGUUUCGAGGGCCUGCUUAACAUCGCCUUCGGCCAUUUCCAAUGACCCGUGAACUUUUUCACAACAUUUCCAGAAUGUGUGGCCAUCAGACUCCCCGACCACUGGUUGCAGCUACCUCCUUUGAAAGAGGAUCUUCCGUCACAUUCGAAAACCACAAUAUUUCGUGGUCGGACAGAAACGAAUUUCUGUGGCGAGUUGAUGUGUAUGUCGGUUGAGCAAUAUUGUAUGUAAAUUAUGUAACAAGAAGUGAUUGUGGAUACCUUCAACCACAUUCUAUAUCCUGAAAAAUUUCUUCCUAUUGAAGUGGACAGAGUUCAACAACUCAAAACUUUCAAGCUUUUCAGUACCCACAUCAGUGUCAAUUCAUGUUUUAUUGCAGUCUGAAUUUUGGGGGCAGGAGCGGCCCUAUCUGGUGUGAAGCGAGAUGCACAGUUGGGCAAACUUUUGAAAUAAUCAAACGACCAAGCAUGGAUCAGCACAGCAGACAAGAUCGAAGAUGGGUUUCGCAACGCCUUCAUCUGCGGGUUUGAUAUAUGAUGUGCUUAUGGAGACUUGCUAAUUUUCAGUGAUCCAUCCAAUUCAUUGGAGCAAGCCCUCUCUGAGCCUGUCGCUCUGUACAGGACACAAUUGAAAGCAGCUCAAGGUAGUAGAAUGCUCGGAGACUAUGUUGCUGCAGGGGCUCGUAGCAACAACGCAACUUGGUCCCAGCACGAUCGACUCACUGGAAUAAGCUCAAUACACUUCCACAUAUGGAUUGAAGAAUUAUCUUAGAAGAAGUGCCCAAGUUAUUCUGACAACAAGCUGGACUUUUUAAAAUUCAAUUCCCUACGUGUGAGAUUACUAAACAGUUCUCAUGGUCCCGCUGCAUUGUCGUAGAACUUUUGUAGAUAGUUUUGUUCACAAUCAUACUACUGGUUGGGUUUAUUCUAUUCACAGUUUGUGUAAAAUUAUGAAAUGGUGUGUGUCCACCAAGGGGCAUCAUGGGUUCAAUGUGUUAUCUUAUUUUGUAAUUUUACUCUUUCAUUCUCAAAAUAACAACAGUUACGCACACUCUAACAGAA